AUCUCAGAAAAAACUGUCUAGAUUGCAUGUCACCUAUGAAGGCACAAUUGAAAGCAGUGGACAAGGUAUGCUACAGGUUGAUUUUGCAAACCGUUUUGUUGGAGGUGGCGUGACCGGGGCAGGACUAGUUCAAGAAGAAAUUCGUUUUUUAAUCAACCCAGAACUGAUUGUAUCGAGGCUCAUCACUGAAGUCUUGGAUCACAAUGAAUGUCUUAUCAUCACAGGUACUGAGCAGUACAGUGAAUAUACAGGCUAUGCAGAAACUUACCGGUGGGCAAGAAGCCACGAAGAUAAGACACCAAGGGAUGAAUGGCAGCGACGCUACACUGAAAUUGUUGCUAUAGAUGCGUUUCACUUCCGACGUUUCCUUGAUCAGUUUAGUCCGGAGAAAAUUAGGAGAGAGCUCAACAAGGCCUACUGUGGCUUCUCUCGACCCAAUGUUCCACCUCAACAUCUCUCUGCAAUAGCCACAGGAAACUGGGGAUGUGGUGCCUUUGGAGGGGACUCCCGAUUAAAAGCCUUAAUACAGAUAUUGGCAGCUGCUGAAGCUGGACGUGAUGUUGUUUAUUUUACUUUUGGAGAUGCGGAGCUGAUGCGGGAUAUUUACAGCAUGCAUACUUUUCUCUGUGAGAAGGGCCAAACUAUUGGGGACGUUUAUAGGCUGUUACUGAGAUAUUACAAUGAAGAAUGCAGAAGCUGUUCUACUUCAGGACCAGAUGUCAAGCUGUACUCUUUCAUAUACAACACCAUUGAGUCCUAUGCAGAUUCUGAUGAUGAUGAUGAAGAAAAAGGGUUAUGCAUUGAGGAUUAAAAUAAAUGUAUUUGAUCAGAAUAUUGUUCAUCUCCUCUCACUGGUAUAUUGUUUGAAUUGCUGAGUAUAAUGUAUGAAUUGGCUUAGUAUAUAUUGACUGCAUCCAAAUGAAAAAAAAAACCACCUUUGAGAGACAAGAUUUUUUUUUGGUUUAUGUUUUCAUACAUGAAAACCUUGUUCAUGUAUGUACAGAAAAGA